UAACUUCCAAGCCAAUCUUCUCACGGUCCCAUCCGCCAUGCUUAGCUCAAAGCUCAUCCUUGUCACCGGCGCCAGUAGUGGUAUCGGACGAUCCGUAGCCCAGGUUCUUACACGUGAGGGUGCAAAGGUUGUAGCCACCGGUCGGAAUGUAGCUGCACUCAACGAACUAAAAUCAUCCGGUGGUUGCUAUGACUUUGUCGUAGCCGAUCUCGCGGAGGCAGGCGAGUGCGAGAGAGUUGUCACCUCCGCAGCGGAGACCUUAGGAGGAAUUACGGGUGUAGUUAACUGUGCCGGGGUUUUAAAGGGCGGGGCAAUGGGGUCGAUUGGGCUGGAUAACUACAUGUUCAACUUCCAGCUCAACGUUCAAACCGUAUUUGAAAUUAUGGAGCAUAGCAUUCCGCAUCUGAGAAAAGCCGGUGUCUCCAGUAGCCCUAGUAUCAUCAAUAUGAGCAGUGUAACCGGUAAACAGUCAUUUGGGGGCGUGGCGUCGUACUGUGCCUCGAAAGCCGCGGUCGACCAGCUCACGCGAUGUGCUGCGGUAGAUUUGGCACCCGACGGCAUCAGAGUUAACGCUGUUAACCCUGGAGUGAUUGUCACGGGCAUUCAUCAAACUGCUGGACUGGAUGACGAAGCCUAUGCGGCUUUCCUGAAAAGGUGUAUCGAGAUCACACAUCCCAUCUCCAAAUCUCUCGGGAGAGUAGGAAACCCCGAGGAAGUGGCAGAUCUGGUGUCUUUCCUCGUUUCUGACAAGGCGAAGUUCAUCACCGGGGAGUGCAUUGCUAUCGAUGGUGGAAGACAGUGCAUGGGCGCCCGAUAAUCGGUGGGACAUAAAUAGCUAGUAGAGUGCGGCAUUUCGGGGUUCACAACCCAAUUCUACCUCAACAGCGAGUAGCACAUCGAUUGCUGCAUGGUUCUGUAUAAUAUAUGAUUUCAACGCGCCCCUGCUUUGAUGAGUUCAGAACGUACGUGUCUCAACAUGGAAAGGAGACUAUCAUGAUGCUGAACACAUGCCUGGGGUGGGUACAAGCCAUGCCUCUUUUCUUUUCAAGAAGAUAGUGAACAAGUACUGCCGUAAUAAUAAGCAGUGUUGGACACGCAAACCCAUUUAAUCGAUCGUGAGCAUUCACUGUAAUACUGUAACUGAUGCGGUGUUGUCGACUGUAGUGAGUAUUGCAUAGUGUGAUGAGUGUAUAUUGGACUAGCGACUACAAGCUCACAGUCUCUGUGUCUAGCAAAUACAUUUCAGUCAGGUUUAUUGUCGCCUAUAUGCCUCAGCUAAGCGAUGUGCGCAGUUUAUUGAAUAGGUAUGCGUAUUCCUCUACUAGGGACGACGUAUCCUGAGGACUGAAUUUUGUUUGUGUAUCUGUGUGGGGCAGGAUUGAUGGUAUGACCCGGCUAUGUGGCCGUCCCAAUGAUCUGAGAUUUCCCCGUGAGCGUUCCAGUCUCACCUGCGCAUACCCCUUCGGCCGUCGUGCAACUAGAUCGGUACUGGUCUCGUCAUUUCGUCCAUCCGGGAACUAUUCUAUGAAUAAAAUCUUGCCAUGGAUCACGGUGCAGAAACUUGCAAGCGUGAGUUUGGAGAAUAAUGUAUAACCUAUCUCUCUAUUAUCUGUGGUUGUGUGAUGCCUGUCAGCACGUCCUUGUUGGCGUCAGUACAGUUAAAAAUUCGACAGCUGAUAGAAGUGUGCACAAGUCUUUCUCACUCCUUGCUGCGAGGCGCACAUCGAGACCUUACUUGGUAGCAUCACACAUCAUGUACGUAUACAGAUCCACAAGGAUCCCUCGCUAAAUUACUGGAGAUAUGUGAACCAGUCUCUUAAGUAUGUAGCCACCCGGUGUAUGCCAAUGCACACCACGGAGACACUUCGGAUUCACCAGUACAAGUGACUCGAUACAAGCACAUGUAUCUAUUUUGAGGAUGCCAUAAAAUUGAGAGAGUCGAUGGUAGGUAUAGAUAUGUGUGUAAAUACAGUUAAAUGAUUCCAAUUCUUUGCCGCCUAUCACAGUAGCCACCACCG